AGUCGAAGGAUAGAAACUCGCCGUCAGGCAUGGUGUGUGAGAAGGGGAUCCAGAUCCUUCUCACCACCGUGGGGGCAUUCGCUGCCUUCGGCCUGAUGACGGUGGCAAUAGGGACGGACUACUGGCUGUACUCCCGUGCCCUCAUCUGCAACAGCACAGCCAACGUCACCCAGGAUGACCCCCAUAACAAGGACAAGAAGGAUCCUGGCGCACUCACCCACUCUGGACUGUGGAGGAUAUGCUGCCUGGAAGGAGUAAAGAGAGGAGUGUGUUCUCAGAUAAACCACUUCCCAGAAGAUGCAGACUUUGACCAUGACGGGGCAGAGUACGUCCUACGGGUAGUCAGGGCUUCCAACAUCUUCCCGAUCCUUAGUGCCAUCCUGCUGCUGAUGGGAGGAGUUUGCAUUGCUGCUAGUCGUUUCUAUAAGAGCAAAAGGAAUAUCAUCCUGGGGGCAGGAAUUCUCUUUGUGGCUGCAGGUCUGAGUAACAUAAUUGGCGUGAUCGUGUACAUCUCGGCCGCGCUGGGCGACAUCUCUCCUAAGAAGGACGAGGAUAAGAAGUGGCAGUACUCCUACGGUUGGUCCUUUUACUUCGGAGGCCUGUCCUUCAUCAUGGCCGAGAUGGUGGGGGUCCUAGCUGUCAACAUCUACAUCGAGAAGAACAAGGAGCUGCGCUGCCGCUCACGCACCGACAUUUUCAAGAGCACCACGCACGCCAUGCUCCGCCUGCCCAGCUACCGCUUCCGCCGCCGCUCCCGCUCCUCAUCCCGCUCCACCGACCCCUCCCGCUCCCGAGACCCCUCACCUGUAGGGGGAGGUGGGGGCAAGAACUUCGGCAUGCCCCCCUCUGCGCUGCUUUCCCAGGGCCCCAUUUCGGUGUCCACUUUACCAAACCCCCACUCUCGCUCACACACGGCCCUGGCUGGAGGUGACAUCUCCCUCUACACGUUGUCCCGUGACCCCAAACUGGGGGGCUUGCCGCCCAUGUAUGGAACGGUGGACAGGGCCACGCUCUACCAGCUCCACAACUGCUUCCCAAAGGAUGGAGGUGGAGGUGGAGGGGUUAUGAUGAGUGGUACACUUCCCUCGCUUAAGUCCCACAACCCUUCCAAUUCUUCCAACUCCAACGCGCCCAUGCCCAACUCGGUGGGCUCGGGUCCUCCACCCUUUACCUCGUCCACAGUAGACAGGGAGCGGGGGAUGGGGACUCUGGACAGGCUGAAGGGAGACAGGGAGAGCAACUCUAACACCCUCAAUAGGAAGACGACGCCUGUUUAG